UAUCUCCGGUACGUCGAACGUGAUCAGCUGGGACUGUAAAGAAAAGCUUUGUCAAGUCAACUUACAAAUGUUAAAUGUUAGACUCAUAGAAUAAAACUGUGAUGUGAACAAAGUGACUGUAACUGCCCAGAAGUGACGCUCGCCGUCAAAAUCAAGGGUGCAAAAACAAUUCACAGAUGAACCUCCAUCCAUAUUCAUCAUAACAAUGGACUCUAAUGGAGGAGCAUGAAAUGAGAUGAAGCCUGUCUUUUUAUGCGGUGAAAUCCGAGCAAAAGCCAGAAUCAGAUAAAUGAACUCCAGUGAAGCAUCAGCUCAGCCAAAAGCACCUCAUGUCGUUUCUGGACUGCACCUGUAUCUCGUCCCACUCACAUGUCCAGUCCAUCAGCAUAGAGGAGCAGUAUGAAGACAUCAGCCAUCAGUGCUCGAGCAGUGACGUCUCUCCGUGUUCUGUGUUGACGGAUGGAGAUGACAUCACAGAUCUUUCCACUGACUCCGCCCACUAUCAGCUGCUGUCACAACUGGGCCGGGGCUUUAAUAACCUCAGUCAGGUGAACAUGGCACGCCACACACCGUCUGGCAGACUGGUGGCAGUAAAAAACACAAACCUGGACGAGUGUACAGAAGAUGAGCUGCUGCAGCUGAUGAAUGAGGUUCUGCUGUCCAGACGGUUCCGUCACCCGAACCUGCUCACGUCCAGACUGGUGUUCAGCUCCUGCUGUCAGCUCUGGGUUCUGUCUCCGCUCAUGAGUUACGGUUCUGCAGACUCUCUGCUCAGGUCGUACUUUCCGGAUGGAAUGAGCGAGUCUCUGAUGGCGUACUUGCUGUACGGGGUUCUCCGAGCGCUCGAGUACCUGCAUCACAUGGGCUACGUGCACAGAGGUGUGAAGGCGAGUCAUGUGCUGCUGUCAGCUGAGGGCCGUGUGUGUUUGUCAGGGCUUCAGAGUGUGUACAGUCUGAUGAAGGAUGGCAAGAGGAUGAGAGCUGUGUUUGACAUGCCUCAGCACAGUCCGUCUCUCCUGCCGUGGCUGAGCCCGGAGCUUCUGCGACAGGAUCUUCAUGGCUAUGGAGUGAAAUCCGACAUCUACAGUCUGGGAAUCCUGGCAUGCGAGCUGGUCAGUGGCAGAGUGCCGUUCCAGGACAUGCCGCCCACUCUGAUGCUGCUUCAGAAGCUGCGGGGUUCUCACUGUUGUCUCCUCGACGUCCCCCCUUACCCGCUCGGAGACAUGGGGGCGCUCAAGGUGUCGCGCUCCGGUGUGGAUUCGGGGAUCGGCGAGAGUGUUGCGACUGGAAGUCUGACUCGUACUGCCACUGCAGAGAGACCUCAAAGCCCCGCCCCCAAAAACCACUCGGUCACACUGCACAACCUGGUCCAACUGUGCCUGCAGCAGCAGCCUGAACGCAGGCCGUCUGCGACUGCUCUCCUCAGCCACCCCUUUUUCAGACAGGUGAAGAAACACACGAGGGACUCUUUCCUGAGUUUGAUGUAUCCGGCCGUGCCAGUGUCCUGUCCUCCAGACACACCUCCAUCCGGGACGCCGACCCAGACCUGCAACACCCCGUCUCCCUGCGACGCCGAGCCGGAGGACGGCAUGUGGGACUUCUCCUAAACAUGGCCGUCCCUCUCUAGGCCAUUUCCUUCCUCACACAAACCUUGACCCGGGCCGGGCAACUAGAGAUACAUAUAUUCCAUGUUAAUCCAUCCUAACCAGCUGCUAAAUUUUGUUAUUUUGCCGUUGUCUCGGUUUGUAUACUGCGGUAGGCCACCCACGGUGAAAUCUCAUUGGUCUAUAUUCCCUCUCUUCACGGACCAAAGUAUCGAUGACAUCAUCUUGCACUUAUGGGCUUAUCUACAUUUUUAGCCAAUCAAAUGCUCUCUAGAAUGAGCACAUGCCAGCUGCCUAGAUUUUCCUGAAUAUCAAUAGCAGGUAGAAAAUCAUGACCGAAACUGAAAGCCUAUUAGCCAGGGCUGCACGAUUAUUAAAAUUUAAAUAUAAAUAAAAAAAUAUUCAAAUUUAUUAAAACUGAAAUUGUGAUUUAGUGCAGUUAUCAAAUCAUAAAUGCUGCUAUUUAAUUAAAUAAAUAUGCACUGCGUGUAUUGAUGGUGUUUUCAGUGGCUUCAUUCACAGUACAUUUUUCUUUAAUUUACAUUACAAUAGUAAUAUUUUGUUUAAUAUUAUUAUUAUUAUUAUACUCAUAUUUAUAUAUAAUCACUACGUUUAGAGCUUAGAGCUUUUUUAUUGAAUCACUAGCACAGUUUUUAUCAGAAAAAUCACAAGUUUUUAUUCCCCGAAAUCGUGCAGCCCUACUAUUAGCUAUUUGGGACGAGCAAGUCCUUUUGAUAAACAGGAAGUGUUCAGAUUGACUUUAUGCAACGGUUUUACUUUAAUUAUGGACAGAAAAAUGAAAGAAAGACACGUGACUUGUGUCUUAUUCAAUGUUGUGCGCUCAUCUGUGUGCUGCACAUUCUGACUAAUGGAGUGGGUCACCCAAGUACUACAGUAUUCACUCCCAUUAGACCAAAAUGGCAUAUUCUCUUGAGUAGGUACUUAUUUUGAAUAAUUAAUUACUUGACAGCCACUAAAAAAAGUAUGUUCUAUGUGAUCUGGACUACGUUUGCCAUGUUUUCGUUAUCAUGUGACCUACCAGUAUCAGUUGCUUCGCCUCACUGUGAUUCACUAAUCCUCUCCCGUGGCCUCAUGGGAUGGCAAAGUGUCCAUCAUAUGCACACUCGCUGGAAGUAGGUCAUCCGGGUCAUUUUUGCCUUCUCUUUUAUGAGUACUGUGAAUUCAGACUUACUUCUUUUGUCACAGACUGUUUUUCACCUACUAUAUAGUAGGGAUAGGGAAGUAUGUGAUUUGGGAUGCAGCCUGUGUCAGUGUUUGAUCAGAGCUUCCUGUUUGAUGUUCACUGGAUUUGAUCCAGCUCCUAUGAGUGAGGUCAUCAAUCUGAGCCAUAAAUGCUGAGAGGCAGAUGUCAUGUGUGUGUGUGUGAAGGUUAUUAGUACAUCACCCACUCAGCCUGUGACCGUGAACGUGUGGGUGUGUGUACAGUACAUGUGUUUUGUGUGUAUCUCUGUUCAGAUUUCCAUAACCUUCUUGCUCUCUAUGAAGAAACUGUUUUCUGAAAUGUUGAAAUGUUUUAAUCCUGUGAAGAAAUAAACCAAGCCAUCAACGCUGUGCUGUUCAAACGGCCGUCAACACUGCCUCAACAUGUGCUCUGGAACGCAAUCAUGAUCAAACUGAAGGACUGAGCAGGUUUAACUGUGACUGAUAUUGUAUUCACUGUAUUUAGACAUAUGAUAAAUAUAUUCUUACUCUGUUUCUCAA